AUGAAAACGCACACGUGUAAGCAUCUCAUCGAGACGAACGAGCUGCACGACCUUAUAAAGAACAAAAGGGAGCAUUUGCUGUUUGAUACAAGCUGGUACAAUAUCAGGCAGGGGGAAAAGGAUAAAAACUCCUUUGAUGACCACGAUCAGGCAGAAAGAAUAGAAGGAAGCAUCUCCUUCAACUCGAUAGUUACCUCCAAUGAAAAUCCCAAUUUUUCUUUUUUCUUCCCAACUCAAGAAGAGUUUUUCUCCUACUUGAGAAAGCUACUGCUGGAAAGUCUAAUGGACAUAAAAAUAAAUACACUAGAAAACCUGCCUGUAAUUUUCUACGAAAAGGAUGAAAUAUUUUAUGCCCCCAGAAUUUGGUUCAUGUUCAAAUUGCAUGGAUUCCAAAAUGUGCAAAUUUUAAAUGGCGGCUUGAAUAAAUGGCUCAAUGAGGAAAGAGACGUGAUGGCAACAGAUGGAAACGCACAGGGGAAUGGGCAUCUUCCCCAGAGUGACAAAAUUAUCCAAGUCGAUAAACUGAUAAAAGAACAUGUAGAAAAAAACAAAAAACAAAUAAGUGAAAAUAGGAAAAGAAGCAUAUACCAUUAUGCAGAUAUAGACAAUUUCGUUACCGGAAGGAAGAAACAAAAUGAUGACAUGGGACUCUUUGUCCUUGUGGAUACGAGGCCGAAUAGCUCCUUUAGCGCUCUGUUGCCCAUUAAUGAAAAGGAAAAAGUGGAUAAUUUCAUUCCCUUUUCGGUUAACAUACCUUAUCAUCAUUUUAUUAGAAGCCAUGAUGAGAAAUAUAAAUUUUUUACUUUUAAAAAUGAGGCCGAAAUAAAGAACAUUUGUGACCAGUACGAUCUUCUAAAUGAGCAGAAGACGGUCAUAUCGACAUGCAACAAAGGAAUCAGUGCCUGUGUUUUACUCUUCCUUUUGCACCAGCUAAAUAAGCCGCUCCACCAACUGGCACUGUACUAUGGGAGCUUCGUCGAUUACAAGUUUAGGAAGUACGCCCUUCAGUAG